AUGCCUCGAGAGAGGAUUAAUGCAGACACCAUCGAAAGAGCGGUGGGAAAUAUAGUCCCUUAUCUAGAGGAUACAAGCAGUACUGCACACAAGGCCAUCUAUUUUGAUGGAUGUGAAGGGCUGGCUGCUUCGGCGGUGCUUAGAGCCAUUGCUGAAAACCCUCCGCCAUCUCUGCUUAAGAAAUUUGACAAGAUCAUCCACGUCGACUGCUCUAGGUGGAAAAGCAGAAGAGCACUCCAGAAGACAAUCGCACAAGAAUUGAAGCUUCCUCGGCGGGUAAUGCAUAUUUUUGAUAGGCAAGAUGAAGAAGAUGAUUUCAGAGGGGUAGAUGAAAGCUCCAGAGCUGAGAUACAAGAGGUUGGGGCAGAGAUACAUCGGGCCACAAGACAACACAAAUGCUUGGUGCUCUUCCAUAAUGGGAGCGAUAACACAAUAGACUUGGAUGAUUUUGGCAUUCUUCUGUCGGCAAGGUUCGGUACUACUAAAGUAUUGUGGACCUUCAGGGGCAGGCUUCGGCUCAUCCCACGAAUUACUGAGAAGGUGGAUGAUUCCCAUCUUUUUCUUUAUGAUACAUACAGUCUUCGGGGGUGGAAUUUUUUGCUUCAGAUAGAGGCUGGAGAAAUUGCUGGGUACACAGAUAAGCUUGGUGAAGCAGCUACCGAGUGUUGCUUGUAUCUGUUGUCAUUGAAUUCUCAAGGAGGCAAUAUCAUGGGCUAUGACUGGGCCACCCAUGCUUCUAACUAUUGGGUCUGUGAUGGGAUUAUACAAGGAGGCCAUGGUGAAGAAGCAUGGGAGGCUGCAUCUGCUCUGCAUCAACACAUACACAUAGAGGAUUAUUCAGCUAAUGCACUGCCCUCCUUUGGUGAUAAAUUGAAGACUCCUUCGAAGCGAUGGUUAAUGUCCAAGGAAAGCUCUGUUGUGCAUCCAGAGUCAACGUCCUUUUUCCUUGCUGCAGUCGCAAGCGGAUCAGAUCCUCCAUUAAGACCCUUACCUAAUGACAUGUUUCAUCAAGCGGACAAACUUGGUGUGCUCAAGUUAUGCCACUGCACCUUCAGUUUUUCCUCUCCUCCUUUUCGUCGUUGCCACAAGUUGAGAUUCCUUGGAUUAGAUAGCUGCCAGGAUCUACGACCAGAAGAGGAUGAGAAGCAAGAAAUGGGUUUUUUGAAGAGCCUAUGGGUGAUAGACAUACACAAUACAGACUGGCAUCUGCCUUCAUCACCAGAGAUAAUAAAGCAAAUGGCUACAAACAUUAGGGAAGUACAUAUAAAGAAUGGAAGGUUUUGGCACAUCAUUUUUGCAUUGGGACAACCACAAAAUCUUCACAAGCUUCGAGUUAUUGACCCUACAUGCUGCUCUUUGGAGACAGGCAGAAAGGAUGAAUUCACAGUUUUGCCCAGCUUGUCAACAUCAAGUAGCCUCAAGACUCUGGUUCUAGAUGGUUGUUUUGGUUUGGAGCAUGUUGAAGGACUCCCUCCAUCACUUGAAUCAUUCAUCUUAGAUGCAAGACCAAGAAAAGAUGAUUACAGGGAAGCCAAAAUAAGCCGCAUCUCCUUGGCUGGUUGUGCAAGAUUGUUUGAAUUCACACUGAGGGGAUCACUUCCAAACCUUGAGGAGCUGGACCUCUCAGGCACAGGAGUCAAGACACUUGACCUCACAACUCAGGUGGUGCAGGUCCCAUGUCUCCAACGAGUCAUGCUAUUGGGAUGUGAGCAACUUCGUGCUGUGCUUUGGCCAGAAAAGGAGAUGUCCCAACUAUGUUUUCUCUGCAUUGACACUCGAGGAGGAGAAGAGGUCGGAAGAAUACCACCAGAUCUUGAGAAGUUUAAAAAGGGUCAUUGUCAAGCAUAUGUUGCUAUGGUGGACAUCAAAUUCAUCCAGAUAUUGACGCAAACAACUUACAUUAAUACGUUUUGGAACAUGGGCACAAAUAAAUUUAGUCUAAACCUUUGCAUUUCUGCUAGUGGACAGUGGUGCAACAAAGGAAAGAUGGGUUCUAGUAACUGUGGGAAUAUAUUGGGGCCAGCCCUACCAAAGUCAUUAAUCCCCAAUCACUGUUAUGAUGUUUUUUCUAUGGACAACAUAACUAUUGAUCAUGACUACAAUAGUGCAGCGAAGUUUCAGCCGUUAGCCCGCCAUGUGGAGAUUGGUGAAGGAAUUAGCAACACUAGCAUGGAGAGCACACAAGGUAACAAGGCUAUCAUAUUUGUGAUGGACAAGGCUGAGAGUUUGCAUGUGCACGAUAAUUAUUCCAUCAACACUAUCAUCCCUGAAUGUAUAAUGACCAUAGAAGAUAAGAAACUUAGAUGGUCUAGGCUGCAACAGUGCCGUGUGGAGAGAUGCCCCAAGCUAGACACAGUCUUCGCCACUAACUAUGAUAUCUUUUGCUUUGAAGAACUACAGAACUUUUGGGCGGCUGAUCUGCUGAUGGCAUCCUGUGUUUGGAGCAGAGGAAAUAUUGUCAGUGCCAAGGACACCCGUUCCUUCGUGAAUCUGCAGAGCAUACACCUCUACUCAUGUCCAAGGCUCAAAUUCGUGCUUCCAUUAUCAUGGGCUGCUCCAGGCUCAUAUUUUCCCAACUUAGAGACCCUUCACAUUGUUAGUUGUGGUGAUAUCGACAAGGUAUUCCCCGUGGAGCCAGAGUUCCUGACAACAAUAUCCAACGACGACCGAAAAGAUUUAGAGAGUCUCCACAUUGUCAACUGUGGUGAUCUAAAUACAGUGUUCCCUGUUCAUCCUGACCUCAAAAAAAAUGUACUUGAGUUCCCAAACCUGAAGCACAUCCACCUGUAUGAGCUCUAUAAGUUGCAGCAUAUAUGUGAGGUCAAGAUGCUUGCUCCCAAGCUUGAGAGGAUAUGGCUCCGGGGAUGCUGGGGUCUCAGGCGUGUCCCAGCCGUCAGCCGAGACAUCCGCCCCAUCGUGGACUGCGAGAGGGACUGGUGGGAGAAGCUGGAGUGGGACGGGCCGGAGGCCAGCCAUGACCCUUCCCUCUAUGAUCCCCGCCACUCAUCAUAUUACAAGAAGCCCCUGCCUAGAUUCUCGGUGCUCUGGUGA